AUGGGAGAAAACUAUUAUGAAAUUGCCAAUGUCGAUGAGAAAACCAAGUUCAUAUUUGACCAAAAUAUUGUUGAAAAUAAUCCUAAAAACAAGAAUGCUAUAAGAGUAGGUGAGUUAAAUAUAACUAAUGGACAAGGCUACGGACAAGAAGAACGACAUAUACAGAAGGAAGUAGAACAACAAGGAGAAGAAAGUAUAGGUCUUGAAGAGCUAAUCUUGCUGAUAGAAGAACAAUUCAUUUAUUAUUUCGAAGAAAACCAUUUUUUUGAUGAAAUAUCUUAUAGAAAAUGUAAUAAUGACAAAGAGUCAGAAACAAUAUUCAAUAAAGCAAUUGUCGAAUGGGGAGCUAUUGAAACAUACACAACCCUCCGUAUUUCAAAUCUACCUAAUCCAAUAAAAAAUGAUGAAUAUUUUUCUAACACAGGUCUUUAUGUUGAAUUGAAUGAAUAUUUAUAA